AUGUGGCUGUUGGACAAACUCCGCCGGUCCGUAGAUGGCAGCGGGUCCCAGUCCCAUCCCUCGCAGUCCCAAGAGGCCAUCCCCAUCUCUGUGUACACCAACGUCCUGACGCCCAACCGGAUUCCCGACUUCUUCAUCCCGCCCAAGAUCCUGUGCUGCCCCCCGGAGGCGGCCGAGCCCCUCACCCCGGAGCUGAAGCGGCGCUCCACCCUGCCGUGCUCCACCCUGCCGUGCUCCACCUCCGACCAGGUCAUCUGCAGCCAGAGCCCGCGGGGCCGGGGCAGCCGGAUGCCCAGCAGCCCCCAGCUGCUGUCCCGCCUGGCGGGGGACACUCGCAGCCUGCUGAAGUCGGCCAACCGCCACAUCAUCCAGAUAGAGAGCGCCGACGAGCCGGGGGGCGACGAGCUGGGUGUCGCCGGGCGCCUCGGGGCGGGCAGCGGGGACGCCAACACCAACGCCGACCCCCAGUCGCAGAGCGCCAUGUCCCUGCCCUACGUGCCCAAGGCCCAGACCUCCUACGGCUUCUCCACCCUGGUGGAGUCGCCCCACACCCGCCGCAAGGAGAGCCUGUUCCACAGCGACCCCAACAGCCCCAUCACCUCGCCCAACGCCCAGCGCCGCCAAGGGGGCAGCCACCUGUCCCCCGCCAACCCCAACCCCUACCGCUACUUCAGCGGCGGGGACACCAGUGACACCUGCUCCUCGGCCGAGUCCUCCCCGUUCACCUCGCCCCUCCUCACCCGCUCCGCCUCCCUCAUUCGCUCCCUUACCCAGGAGACCAAAAUUAAGAUGUCUCGCGCCAAGCGCACCUUGGGCCGCCACAGCUCUCUCUCCACGGACGAGUGCAGCUCGGCCGACAACAGCCCCAGCGUGCAGCGGCGCCGGCUGCGGUGCCCCAACUCCCCGGCCUUCCGCGGCCUGAAAGGCUCCGGGUCCCGCGGCGCAGGACCGGAGAUGCUGCAGCGCCAGCACACGGUCAACCUCCACAAGGGGGGCACGCUGCGGCUCAGCACCCACUACGACGCCGAGGCCUCCAUGCUGCGGGUGCGCGUGCUGACGGCAGAGGAGCUCUACGACCGGCAGACGGACAUUAAGAGCAUCAACUGCUGCGUGGCGCUCUACCUGAACCCGGGCAAGAAGCAAAAGCAGCGCAGCACCAUCAUCAAAAACAGCCGGAACCCCGUGUUCAACGAGGACUUCUUCUUCGACGGGCUGAGCCCGGCCCAGGUGAAGAGCCUGGCCAUCAAGAUGAAGGUGGUGAACAAGGGGACGAGCCUGAAGAGAGACCUUCUCCUCGGGGAGAGGGAAGUGUUACUGAGUGAGCUGCUGUCGGGCAACUAG